GCGGAGAGAAACAUCAUGCCAGUUCCAUCUUUCUUGUCGGCUCCCGGAUCGACUCGGGCGGACAGCAUGGGUUUCUCCAGGAGCUCCUGCUUGGACGUGUGUGGGGGCAGCGAUGGCAGCCAUCCCCUCACCUGCCAAUCAACCUCUGGAAAGUGCAUCCCGCUUCCCGCACCCUGAAAUCCUUUCCAGUGGCCCCGCUCCCUGGAACACUUUUCAAGUUUCUCCCCACCCUUUGCCCUUCCUGUAGCCCAGACCCAAGCCAGAUACCUGGGCUGGAGUGGAGGGUUUGGAGCAUCCAUUCACUGCCUAUCCUUCACCACCUCUGGCCGCGGGGGCACCCUGUAGUUUGUAGGAAGAGGAGGGAGGUCAAAGUUUGCUUCCUUGGAUGAAGAAAGAGAGGGAUGUUGGAAGAAAGAGAUCUGAACAAAGACCAGUGCCCAUUCUGUAAGCCCCCUCCUCCAAGGGCAGGGAGGAGGGGCUGCCUGGUGCCCCCAAACCUUGGGCAGUCUCUUUCCCACCCAGAAUUCCCAACCUCUCACCCCCUUUUGUGCUAUGUGAAAUCUCAGUUGCUUGGGAAAUAGGCUCAGAGAGAGCAUUCUGGGAGUGGAGGUGAGGGAGAAGGCGUUUCUGAGGCCCUGGGCAGACCUGGAGUCCCAGGCAAGGCUGCUGCUCUGGAGAAGGUGCUCCAGAGAGGGAGCUGGGGAAUGCAUGUGUUGAGGGAGCACACAUCUGCUUCAGUGUGGAUGCUCUUCCCACCACCCUGGCCUGCGAUUAGCCAGUGGUGAGCCAGGCUGCCAGGCUGGGUCCAGAGUGUACCCCUUUGCCUCCUGGUGGAGGGGAGAGGGGAAGGCCUGAGGAGGUAGGUGCCUAUCUUGGAAAGAUUUGGAUGGUCUAAUAAGUGCUCUCUUGACUUGAACAGGGGAUUUGAGUCAAUAUUGGUUGGGCGCCGGACCCUUUGUCCACCCCCAUCCUUUGCCCCUUCCCAGAAACUUCCUAGGGGGCUUGGCCCUGCUCUAGGGUAUGGCCUUGGAGGUCCUGCCUUCCUAAGUCUGAGGCAGCUCCUCUCUUGGGUAGGAGAGGGUGUGGGAGGGAGCUGGAGAGGUACUCCAGGCCCAUUGUGAUCCUGCAGCCCUUCCUGGCUACCCACUGCAAGUGGACUCUCAUUUCAAAGGGGUUGUUAUAAAACCUGACCUUUUCUCCCACUGCUGGUCUGAAAAUCCAGCUUUUUGGGAUCAAGAAUGAGCAGGGCCAAGAAGAAAAGAAAAUUAUAUUUCAGGAAAAGCAACCAGAUUGUGCACUGCUGAGCUGUGUACACCCCAGAGGGGGCUUCUAAUGUCCUGGGAUAGAAAACAGCAAUAUGGGCCCCUUAGUCCUGUCUCGGCACAGAACACCAUGUUGCAGGCAGGCUUUUUUCAGCUGAGAGGGCUGAGAAGUUGACUUUGUUCUCAUGAUAUAGGUGUGUGAGAGCAUGCAUGCGUGUGUGUGUGUGUGUGUGUGUUUGCGUGUGUCAGAGAUGCACCCUGGACUCUGAGACCCUGGGGGCUGAGUGGUGAGAGGAGGAGUAAGAGCAGGGGGUCAGCAGCCCUUUUGGUCAAAGCCCUUCCCUUGAGAUGCCCCUUUCCAAAGCCAGGGCAGGGGAGGGGUUAACUGAGUGACCACAGGAUAUCGGAAGGCUAUGGGUUAGGCCCACCAAGGAAGAAGGGAUACGUUGUUAUUAAGGAAACUUCAGCCUCAGGGCCACUUUCCUGGCAAGGAUCCUGUUGUUGGGAGUUGGUUGGAAAUUCCACUUGGGGGAGAGGUUUUGUGGAGCCUGAGACUGGGUAGGCAGUUUCAGUGUGUGAGAGGCACGGUGAAGCAUGUUCCCAGGAGCACAGGUCUUCAGUGAGUACCCCCUAAGGUUCUGAGUGAGGUCUUGGAGUAGAGAGGCCUUUCUGGCCAGUCAUCCUGACCUCCAGUGUUGAUGUGCCCAGGAGGGAGAAUGAGCAUUCUGGCUGUUGCCAAGAUGUUCAUUACAGCUCCACGAAGUCUCUUGGUCCCCCUUGUCUCUAGAAGCUGUUCCACGUGUCUUUUCUUGAUGGAGCUGAGUUUUUUCCCUGACCUAGAACUUGGGAGCAUCUCCAGGGUACCCUCUGACCUUUACUCUUUUGUAAUUCCUGGCCCAAGGCUCUCAGUUGCUAUUUCUUUCUCUUGCUGGGCUUGAUUGGUUCUGGGGGUCGUGACGCCAACUAGAAGAGCCAGGGAUAGGUGCAGUCAGAGAGUUUGGUGAGAGGAUUCACUGGCUCUCUGCAGAGCAUCUUCCUGCCCCAGUCACAUGUGCCCGCUGGCAGGAUGGGGGAAGCCCUUGCUUUUGGCACAGGAGCCCAGGAUUCUGUAAGGAUUGUUCCGUGGGGCUCCGGACCCCACCUGCCGGGCAUGCAGGGUAAGUGCCUUUAUUGCCCCAGUCCCCUAGGCCAAUGUCCUGACCUUUAAACCUGCCCACAAUGCUCCUUUCUCAGUCUGUCUCCGACAGUGCAUCCUCAGGCUCAGUCAAGAUAGGAAGGGAGAAAGCUGCUGGGAUGUUGGGGUGAAGUCAGUGGAAGUCCCAGGGCUGGGUUAUUCUUGAGCAGGCAGGCUGGCUGGCUAGGUGGGGGCAGCAGGUGCAAGUGAGGCUGGGUCAGCUCAGCUGGUUGUGGGUGGCCCACAUGCACUGAGUCUUGCUCAGGGACCUAGGAAUUUGCUGAAGCCAGGAAAUAAAGCUGCUGCCUCUGCUUGGGUGGAGGACACCUCUCCAGCCAGUGCCUGGGCAGAUGCCCCCACUCCAUGCUGGCUUCUUCUCCAGUCUUGUCUCAGCCUGGCCACAGCCUUCAGCUCUUCCUGUCCUGGGGCAGAGACGAGACCCUCCGCUCUUUGGCCAGCCCUUCCUCCCUGCAGGGCCCCGAGCUCCACGGCUGGCGCCCCCCAGUGGACUGCGUCCGGGCCAAUGAGCUGUGCGCCGCGGAAUCCAACUGCAGCUCCCGCUACCGCACGCUGCGGCAGUGCCUGGCAGGCCGGGACCGCAACACCAUGCUGGCCAACAAGGAGUGCCAGGCAGCCCUGGAGGUCCUGCAGGAGAGCCCUCUCUACGACUGCCGCUGCAAGCGGGGCAUGAAGAGGGAGCUGCAGUGCUUGCAGAUCUACUGGAGUAUCCACCUGGGGCUGACCGAGGGUGAAGAGUUCUAUGAAGCCUCACCCUAUGAACCGGUGACCUCCCGCCUCUCGGAUAUCUUCAGGCUUGCUUCAAUCUUCUCAGGGACAGGGGCAGACCCGGUGGCCAGUGCCAAGAGCAACCACUGCCUGGAUGCCGCCAAGGCCUGCAACCUGAACGACAACUGCAAGAAGCUGCGCUCCUCCUACAUCUCCAUCUGCAACCGCGAGAUCUCUCCUGCGGAGCGCUGCAACCGCCGCAAGUGCCACAAGGCCCUGCGCCAGUUCUUCGACCGCGUGCCGGGCGAGUACACCUACCGCAUGCUCUUCUGCUCCUGCCGAGACCGGGCGUGCGCCGAGCGCCGCCGGCAGACCAUCCUGCCCAGCUGCUCCUACGAGGACAAGGAGAAGCCCAACUGCCUGGAUCUCCGCGGCGUGUGCCGCACCGACCACCUGUGCCGGUCCCGGCUGGCAGACUUCCACGCCAAUUGUCGUGCCUCCUACCAGACGCUCACCAGCUGCCCUGCCGACAAUUACCAGGCGUGUCUGGGCUCCUACGCUGGCAUGAUUGGGUUUGAUAUGACACCCAACUACGUGGACUCCAACCCCACUGGCAUCGUGGUGUCCCCCUGGUGCAGUUGUCGUGGGAGUGGGAACAUGGAGGAGGAGUGUGAGAAGUUCCUGAGGGACUUCACCGAGAAUCCGUGCCUCCGGAAUGCCAUCCAGGCCUUUGGCAACGGCACGGAUGUGAACCUCUCCCCUAAAAGCCCCUCAUUCCAGGCCACGCAGGCCCCUCGGGUGGAGAAAACACCUUCUUUGCCAGAUGACCUCAGUGAUAGCACCAGCCUGGGGACCAGCGUCAUCACCACCUGCACAUCUGUCCAGGCCCAAGCCCUUGGGAAAGCCUUAGAGACCCCCUUCACUGACCCAGAGAUGGCAGCGAGUUGGGGAUCCCACAUAAGUGAUUGGACAUUAGGACAAGAGGGCCUUUUGACAUCUCCUUCUCAAGCCCCAAAGUAUGGAAGCUUGGAACAGGGGCUAAAACCCAAUAACUCCAAAGAGUUAAGCAUGUGCUUCACAGAGCUCACGACCAAUAUCAUCCCAGGGAGUAACAAGGUGAUCAAACCUAACUCAGGCCCUCGCAGAGCCAGACCGUCGGCUGCCUUGACCGCUGUCUCCUUCCUGAUGCUGAAGCUGGCCUUGUAGGCUCUGGGACCCAUGUCGGGGGAUUUCUGGAAACUACGCAGAUGAGAACACCCGCCUGGCAACAUGGAAACACACACACACACACACACACACACACACACACACACACACACAUCUUGCAAAAAAAAUUUUUUCCCCAUCUUGUCUCUGAACCUGUCUCCUCCCAGAUUUCUUCUCUGGAGAAGUUUUUCUAAACCAAACAGACAAGUAGGCGGGCAGCCUGAGAGCUGGCCCAGAGGUCCCUCGGCAAGGGAAACCCAGUGCUGAGGAGGGUGCAAGGGUCUACAAAUGCCCUUCGUUUUCUCCCGGUGUUUUCUUCUCUGGACCUCGCUGACAUAAAAGACCAAGAUGACACCCCUGUGGCCUGAGGGACUGGAACUGUGCUGAUGUGAACUGGGGCCAGGGAUCCCCACUGGCGGCUUGGCAGAGGGCAUCGGGCAGCAAAGCAGCCAGGCUGGCUGCUGGGGGUCCAGCUGGGCACCUCAGCACCUCCACUUGGUUUCGAGCAUGGAGUUUGUUUUGUGCUCUCUGUCUGCAUCUGAACUGAGAAUCCCCAGUGAUGCCUGUGGAGGGUGUGGUACCAGGCCCUCCGACUGUGGUAUGGAGGGAGUACUGGGGCCAGCUCCAGGGGGCUUGGGAGCUCAGCCCUCUGGGGACAUCCCCUUGGGCAGAGGGAGCAAAGCUUGGGCACCAGCUCAAGGCUGCUGCUUCCUGCUUGGUGGCAGGAAUUUUGAAAUCAAAGAGAAAUGAUCCGUCAUUGGCUCUUUUGGUUUCUUGUGGGUUCAUUUGGUGGGUCUCCCACCAGGGAGAGGGGCAGAGAAGAACAUGGCGGGACACCUGCUGGCACUGUGCUUCACUGGCCGCAGCUCUCUCCUCCUCUCGGCCCCCUGUUCCUCUUUUCCACAUUCUCUCCUCAUUUCCCAGACAAGCGCCAACUGUAUGUACAUAACACAAUUCCUUUCUCAACAUAUAUGUAUAUAUAGAUCCAUAUACAUAUAUUGUGUGGUUUCCCCUUUUUUCCUUUUUUUAAGAAACAAAACUAUCGAAAUAAUACCCCAACAGAUGAGCGAAAAUGUAUUAUUGUAAAGUUUAUUUUUUUUAACAAUGUUGUCUAUAAUGGGAAAAAAAGGAGAUUGACUCCCUGUGUCUCUGCCUCUGUCAGGCUGACUGGGCUGUGGAAGGGGGUUCCUGAUCCGUAUUCAUACUUAGCCAAGGCUCCAAUAAACAUACUAGGAAGCAA